AUUACAAGAUGAACACAUUAAGCCAUCUCUGCUAUAUUUCCAAAGCCUUCUUCUCAAUCUUCGGUUCUUGUUGAAGCCCUAGAAUGGAGAUGGCCAAGCAGCUCCCAGCUAGUAUGCAGAUGGAGAUGGCCAAGCAGCUCCCAGCUAGUAUGCAGAAACUGAUCAAAGGUGACAAGCUUAUAUUCUCAUCUGCUGAUGAUAAUGCAAUGACGAAGCAAAUUCAGGGAACUCAUUCUCCUGAUGGACGUGAGUUUGAUGUCAAGCCUCUUCUUCAUCUCGUUGAGGAUAUAUUCAACCGGGCCGCCCCAACUAUCGACGCCAUUGCUCUGCCGGCCACUCAGCAAGCACGUACUGCAGAUUCUCUGGAUGAGAAAACUUACCAGGGCAGCUUCAUUGCUAUCCUUGAAUCCUUGGCAUUUGUCAUCGAUCGAGUUGCUACGGAGAUAGCGUACAAAUGCACAGGGGGAGGUGAUGCACAUGCAACAACGAUGUCAAUAUUGAACAUGCUGUCCAACUAUUCAUGGGAUGCCAAGUUGGUGAUAGCCUUGGCAGCUUUUUCCAUGAAUUAUGGAGAGUUCUGGCUUCUUGCACAAAGUUACACCUCAAACCAGCUUGCCAAAUCAGUGGCAAUCCUGAAACAAUUGCCUGAUAUUUUGGAGCAUUCAAGCAUGCUUAAACCCCGUUUUGAUGCAGUGAAAAAUCUUAUCAAAGCCAUGAUUGAUAUCGCCAAGUGCAUUGUCGAGCUCAAGGAGCUUCCACCUCAGUACAUUUCACUGGAUAUCACUGCAAUGUCCACUGCUAUGGCUCAUAUUCCAAUUACUGUGUAUUGGACAAUCAGAAGUAUCGUGGCCUGUGCAUCGCAGAUCACUGGCCUUAUCGGCCUGGGCCACGAGUACAUAUCGACUACAGAAGCCUGGGAGCUAUCGAGCUUGGCUCACAAGCUAAGUAACAUGCAUAGCCACCUAGCAACUCAACUGGGGAUCUGCUAUAAGCACAUUGAUGAAAAGAAGCACCUGGAAAGUUACCAGAACCUUUUACAUUUGUUUGAGAUGGCUCACAUUGACAACAUGAGAGUUCUGAAGGCAUUGAUUUCUGCUAAAGAUGACCAACUUCCGCUUAUUGAAGGAACCACGAAGAGAAGGGUUAACAUUGACGUCCUGCGGAGAAAGAAUGUGCUGCUGCUCAUAUCAGACCUUGACAUCUUGCAAGAAGAGAUUGCCAUUCUUGAACAGAUUUACAACGAGUCGCGGCUCCAUCCCACCAAGCAUGAAAGUCAGUAUGAGAUCGUGUGGCUCCCAAUUCUUGAACCAACAGUGUGGAACGAGAAUAUGCAAAAGAAAUUUGAGUCUCUGCAGACUGGUAUGACUUGGUACUCAGUCUACCACCCUUCCUUGAUCGACAGGGCAGUGAUCAAGUUCGUAAAACAGGAGUGGCAUUUCGGGAAGAAGCCCAUUCUCGUAGUACUAGAUCCACAAGGGCGGGUAGCCUGCCCAAAUGCACUCCAUAUGAUGUGGAUUUGGGGCAGCUUAGCCUUCCCUUUCACAACCACAAGGGAGGAAGCUCUCUGGAGGGAAGAAAGCUGGAGACUUGAGCUCUUGGUUGAUGGCAUUGAUCCAAUAGUUAUGAAUUGGAUGUCAGAAGGAAGAUACAUAUGCCUGUACGGAGGAGAGGACAUGGAUUGGAUUCGAAAAUUUACCAACACUGCACGGGCAGUGGCGCAAGCCUCAGGUAUCCCUCUAGGGAUGGUAUACGUAGGGAAGAGCAACCCAAAGGAACGAAUCAGGAAGAACAUUGCAACCAUCAUCGUUGAGAAACUCAGCCAUUACUGGCAAGACCUGACUUCAAUCUGGUACUUCUGGGUGAGGAUCGAAAGCAUGUGGCGCUCCAAAAAUCAACUAGGAAAGACAGCAGAGAAUGAUUCAAUAAUGAAGGAGAUCAUGCAAAUGCUCAGCUUCGAUAGCAGUCAAGGUGGAUGGGCUAUAUUCACAAGAGGCUCAGAUGAGAUGGUGAAAGCCAAAGGGGUUCCAUUUUUAACCUGCCUGAGCAAUUACAGUAACUGGAAAGAUCAGAUUCAGGUGAAGGGUUUCAUGCCAACGCUUAGCGAUGAACUUAAAAAUCUUCACACUGAACAUCACUGCAACAGGCUGGUGCUCCCCGGCGCUGCAGGGUUGAUUCCAGAAAGGAUUAUAUGCUCAGAAUGCGGCCGCACCAUGGAGAGGUUCAUUAUGUAUCAGUGCUGUGAUGAAUAAACAGCAACGAAGAUCAUGAAAGGCUAUCUAUUAUACUAUAUAAAUCGAUCCAGUGAUCAAUAAGCAGCCUGCAGAAGGUUCAUUUGCAAGUGGCAGGUUUGCUAUAUGCUGUGGUGAAGACUGGACUUUUUACUUGAGAAACUUUCAUCAUGUAAUGGUUUUUAUUGCUUUUAUUUUUUUUUUUUCCUUUUCAUUAUGAUGCAGUGUUUGUAUGAAAUUCAUAUUAAAUGAUUUUAUUCUCUUC